AAUUCGGAGACGGGUGACUAAUUUGCUAUCGUCCUAUUUAUCAUAUCGUCAUCCUGGAAAAAGAAUCCCCUUUCUCGUCUCCUCCUCGAAACCCUAACCCUAACCCUAACCCCAAACAAGGCAUCAAUGGCGAAGGGCAAAGGGGCCAAAAAGCGCGCCAACAACCGCAGCAACAAGAAGCGCAACCUCGGCCUCAAACCCCACUCGAAACCCCAGUCCCAGCCUCAAAACCCUAAACAAAAGAACCAAAAGAAGCCCAAAAAACCUAACCCUAUCCAAGACGAAAACCCCUUCACCUUCGGAUCCGAACCCGAAUCCAACCCCUCCUCCCCAACCUGCAUCCAAUCCCUCCUCGAACCCUACACCAAACCCCAACUCAUCUCCUUCCUCCUCGACGCGGCCGUUUCGGAUCCCGAACUCAGGACCCGAAUCCGAUCCAUCGCCGACUCCGACGUCUCCCACCGCCAGCUCUUCGUCUUUGGCCUCGGAUGGGACGCCACCAAGGAAACCCUAACCGCAGCUUUCUCCCCCUUUGGUCCGAUUGAAGACUGCAGCGUUGUCGUCGACAAGAACACGGGUCGGGCUAAAGGUUACGCCUUUGUUCUAUUCAAGACCCGAUCCGCUGCGAUCAAGGCCUUGAAAGAGCCACAGAAGCGAAUAGGGAACAAGGUCGCGACUUGUCAGCUGUCGUCCGUGGGUGGGCCCAAGCCCGACGGUGGUCGGAAGAUUUAUGUUGGCAAUGUGCCUUUUGAUGUUAGCGUGGAGAGGUUGAGGGAGUUUUUCGCGAGGUUUGGGGUGUUGGAGUCGGGGCCCCUUGGGUUUGACGGAGCCACGGGGAAGUCGAAAGGGUACGCAUUGUUUGUUUACAAGACUCCGGAGGAUGCAAAGAAGGCGUUGGAGGAGCCGUACAAGUUGUUCGAGGGACGCCAGCUGUACUGCCAGCUGGCGACGCCGAAAAAUGAGAUGGGGAAGGUGCAGAUGGCGGUACCCGCUGUCUCGCCGGUGGUACCCGCUGUCGCGGCGAUGAUCCCUCAGCUGCGGUGCCGACACAGCAGUCGGUGAUGGCGGCGAUGGCAGCAGACCGCACAGAAUCUUGCAACUGGGCAGAACCCUCUGCUGCUGCAGAAUCAGUUAUUGGCUGCUGCGGCGGCUGAACCUGCGUUGUGAAUGCUGCAGCGGCUAUGUGAGGAGCGCCCAAAAGGUGCCCCGUAUGGUGGAGGGGCAGCAGCAGCGCAGCAUGUUCUUGGAGGGCAGGGGAUGGGAGGAGUCGGAUUUCAAGGCUUGCAAGGAAUGCAAGGGUAUCAGGCGGGUUCAUCAAUGCAGGGAUUGCAAGGGUAUCAGGCUGGUUCGUCUAUGCAGGGUGGGCAGUCCGGGAAGGGUUCUGGAGGGGCUUUAGGAGGAUUUAGGUCAUAUCAAGAUAGAUAAGAUGGUGGGGGAAAAUUCUGAUAUAUUUUUAACAUCGUUAAAUGCAAAAAUGGUGAACGGAAAUACGUGCUCGGCCUUGUAUUUUGAUUAGUGGGGAAGUUGUCAGGGUGAGUUGUUCUGCUGCUUCUGCAAGAGGUUCAGAUGUUAAAGUUUUGCUUUUUACCAGCGUAUCUAUGCUGCGAUCGAUUUUCCUCGUCACGGUGCUGUAGCCAAAGGUAUGUCUGAAGAAGAUGUAGUUGUGGGAGCUCUUUGGCAACAAUGUAUUUUGAAUUGUGGAAAUAUUUCUGAUCGUAGACUAGUAUUUGAUCUCAUGCGAAGGAGAAAUACAGUCACAUCGACGGCCAUGGUCUCCAGUUUGUGCACGAAAUGGCCUGGGAGAUGAGUCUUUAUCUCUAUAUGCGCGGACAAAAAAGCUCCAUAUAUCUGCAGAACAUUCAACGUUCAAACUGUUGUUUGUGGUUGUAUUGGAUGUCUGAACACCGAGGAAGAAAUCAAUGGCCAGUGCCUCAGGAAUCUGGGUCGGGGAAACAAUUACAUCGAUAGCACCCUUAUUUUGUUCUUAGCCCGUGUGAUGAUUUUCUAGGGGAGGGUCCUCCUUCAGCUUCUUGUUCUCUGCCAAAAGUUGAUCUGUAGGCUGUAAAUUGUAGAAUCUCUUUUAAAGAGUUGUGAUGAUAUCCACUGGAUUUUGAAUGUGAAGGUGUCUGCAGAAAUUGAAUGUGAAGGUGGCUGCAGAAAUUGAAGAAGAGAUGUUUGGAUGAAACGACGGUUCUUGUCUCAGUUGUGUGAAGUUUAGGGUCCUACACCAUUGUUGUAAACUGCUAAGCCCUGAUAAUUGGGGAAACCCCAAAUUUAUUGGAAAAAGUAAAAAAUCAGAUCGUCUUCAACAAAGAAAAUCCAUCAAUGGUAUCGUCAUCCCAGACCUGAAAGCCCUCCACGAGAAAUGGCAGAACGCAAUCCUGCUGCCUAUCCUCUUCUGAUAAGGCGGCGCAACCUGUGCUGGAUGGGUAUAGGUGCAACCUGUGCUGGAUGGGUAUAACGCGAUGCAGGGGACGGGAGCGGUUGGUUUUCCAGGGUUGCAGUGUAUUAGGGUGGUUCGUGGAUACAGGCUGGUCUGUCCGGAUAAAUAUGUAGUAGUUCAUCGUAUACAAUAUUAGUUGACUUGAGGACAAAAGGGUCAUUACGGAUGACAUUAGUCUAAAUUGUCAUAAUCCCCCUAGAAACAAACACACUCACUAGUGUGAACUAUUUUUAUAUAGACUGAAUAUUGAUUAGUCCCCGUGAAAACAAACAUUGGAUUGGUUUAAAAUAAUAUUGAUUAGUCCCAGUGUAUUAUA